AGUCCUCUAGGGCUCGCUUAUUUAAGAGGACAUACACAUAUCAAGGGCCUCCUUUCACCGAGGCCCCGGGACAAUAUUUCUUAUUUCCCAUCUGGCAGGACAAACCCGCCCCCGUCACCUCACAGCUCUAUAUAAGACAGCACAGGGGGCCAGAUGAUAAGAAGUUGUUCUCAAGACAAGCGUGGCCAUGCGGUGUAAAGUCCUCGUCUAUGUCGUCUUCCUGACUCUCAUAAAGCAUGCGUCUCCAAGUGAAAUACAGGCUAGCCCCGACACAAAUGCAACUCUGCCCUGCCAUGUGUCGUUUCCUCUGUCUGUAACUGGGGCCGAAAUAAACAAGUCUCUCAUCAACGCCAGCUGGAUAAGAAAUGGCUCUGACAUCGCCUCCUUCAAAGAAUCAGCAAUGCAAAUAAAGAAAGGCUUCAGUUGGGACACCAGUGAGUUUGUCAACGGGGACUUUUCAUUGACCGUCCUCAGAGCCGGGCUCGACCUGCAGGGGGUGUACGAGUGCACAGUCAGCUAUAACUCCAAACUGCUUCACUACAGCAACGUUACACUAAGUAUCCUCGCUUCCCCAACUCUGUCAAUCCCUCAGCAAUGGAUGGUGUUAGAAAGAGAGAACCAUCUUAAAUGCCGUGCCGAUGGUUUCUACCCUGCCAAUGUCUCUUUCUCCUGGACCAGAGAUGGGCAAGUGAUUUGGCAUCCCUACCACGUUGAAGCUGAACAGACUCCAGAUGGGUACUACACGGCUGAAGGCAACCUGACUUACUUCCCUUCACGUGAGGACCAGAAUGUGACCUUUGGCUGCAAAGUGUCACACAAUGGCACCGUUCAAGAGCUGGAUUUCCAACUUAAUAUUACACAUCUUCCUUCUGUUAAACUUUCUGUUGUGCCCUCGCAUUCCAAAAACAUUCCUCUCACUCUUUACUGUGACAUGGAGAAUUUCUACCCGGAGGAAGUGUCUGUGUCAUGGCUUCAAAAUGGCACAGCUCUCCCUGAGCCCCCCGCCACUGAACAGAACCCGGAUGGGACCUACAGAACCAAACACUAUUAUACUUUGAGCCCAGAGCAGAGGGAGCAAGGUGGGAAGGUGGAAUGUGCAGUAAACCAACCUGGGGUUGUGCAACCAGCCACUGGCUCAGCAUACCUAGAGGAACUGGACCCCCAAGAUGUGGCGCCAGUGUUGACUAAAUCAGCCAAAGCAUCAGUGGCUUUGAUGUGCAUUUCUCUUGUGCUGGUCUUCCUGCUCUGCUUUGGCUUUUCGUGGAGGCGAAGGGAUGAGAAACAGAAGUCUCUGAAUGUUUCAGGGAUCAUCCUCCCUCCACGCGUGAUUGUAGGUAAAAAGGGCAGGGUGACUGUGAGCAUUGAGGGAAGGAGGGUGGACCGAGUCCAGACUGCAUGGUUUCUCAAUGACACCCCUAUCUCUGACACUUCACUCACAGGAACCUCCAAAGCUAACUUUAACUGCCUCUAUAACCCUCUAACCACCAUCCAUCUGCCCUACGGUCUAACUCUCACCUCCCCAGCGUCAGAGAAAGGCCCUCUGCUGCCCUCCAGAGGUGAGAUGGGUUACUACAAGCUGCACACUCAGGGGCCACUGCACUCGUCCGGAGCCGGCAUUCAGCAGCUGAUCUCCUCGCUCACCUUCAUCCCUCGGAUCUCAAUCCACAAGGCGGCGGUGUUUAAGUGUCAGGUGUCCUACAUGGGCAAAGAUAAGAUCGUGGUGGAGAGGGUGUCAGAGAAGUUUACCAUCCUGUCUGCUCCAGAAGUAUCAGAAAUCCAGCUGGCAGAGACUCCAAAUGACUCUGAUGUCAUCAGCAUGACAGUUCGGGCAACACAUUUCCAUCCGGACGUCAUUACCUUCCGCUGGUUCUGUCAGGGGAGUGAGCUGAGCCCUGUGGCCUCCCAGGCCUCGUCUUCCCCUCGGCCCAAUUCUGAAGGUUUCUUUUCAGCUUUUAGCCAGUGUAAACUGCCCCGGAGUGAACUGGAGAAGGGAGGCACUAAAGUGUGGGUCAGUGUCCACCACAUCGCCUUGAAGCAGCCUGUCACACGUGAGACGAGAGGGUUCAUCAAGAGGCCGAGUGUGUCUGAAAUCGUCAGCUCCACUUCUUCCUCGGGUCAGAUUUUGACUCUUGGAUGUGAAAUCACAGAUUUCUACCCUCCGGACGUCUCGGUCACCUGGCUGAAGCUCAGAGAGGGAGAGCAAGAUGACAGAGAAGAGGAGGCGAUAGAGGGAGGAGAGAUGUGGGGCCCCAUACAGACUGACCCCAGACUCUACAGAGCCACGGCCACUCUGAGGAGAAGGACCGCAAAUCUGGAGAAAAAGGAGAGAGGAGGAGGGAUUAUUUGUAGAGUGGAGCACUGUUCUCUCCACGAGCCUAUUGAGAAACACUGGACAAAUGUUGACAUUGCUGCUCCCUCCAUUCCUCCAUCGCUCUCGGUCUGCUGGAGCAGCGAAGGAGUCGGCGUGUUCUCUCUCCUGUUGAAGGGAGGUCACCCUAAGGUCAAGUUACUCUGGGCAGCAGGAGGACCCACUCUUACACCGUUGGUAUCCAAUGAGACAGAGGAGAUAGGAGACGACGGACAGAGGGAGAUGAAAAGCGUGUGUGCCCUGGAGAGGUCCACAGGCCUGCCAAGUCAAACAAACAGACCGCUGGAGAGACGGAAGAAUGGACAUGCAAUAAAGACCAAAUCUGCCGUCACAGACCCGAACACUGAGGGAAUAGAGUACAUUGAUGAAAAAGUUGAUGGAGAGAAUAACAACAUCGACAGGGACGAGGAAACAAAGUCAGAUUUGGAAGAGGACAGUGACAGAGAAACAGAGGAAGACCCCGGAGCGCUGCACAUCAACAGAGUCAACCUAAGGAAGGGGCCCAGAGAAAAUGAGAAAGCGCGCUUGAGAGUGUGCGUGGAGAUCACACACCCUGCACUCCAGCUUCCUGUUUAUCGAACCUGGACAGAGCCCAAUGAGGAAAUAUCUUCUUCCGCAUGAUGUGUGCAAGAGUGCCUCUCUGUUUCAUAAAUCUCAUAUAAUAUAUCUAAAAUCUAUGUCUCCAUAGUAAAUAUAAAGUAGUAGUCAUGUUUUAGGAUAUCCAACUGUCUUUGAUGUUGUGGUUUUGGUCUUUAUUUAUUACCUUAUAUGUUUAAUCUGUCAUCCAUUACUUCUUUUUUUUUUUCAACUUAAUGAUUUUUACAAAUGUUCAUAUUUUUGUACAAAGAAUUUUACAA